AUGCUUGACAUUAUCUGCCAACAUACAUGGAAAUGCGACUUCGACGGUCACGUGCACCGAUGGUACACCUACGGUGAUGAAUUCGGAUACAGCCACCGAAUGUGUUUCUUUUUGAUAGACUAUGGAACUGCCCCAGGUGGUGAUGACUCCAGAGUACCGAAUUGGCCUUUGUUGAUGAUUGAAUAUAGCAUCGACAAGCCCCAAAUCCUUCAAUUCGAGGACGUACAAGCUGAGCUUAAAAGUGUGCCUUUCACACCAGCACCAUAUGAGCCUUCAGAAAAACCGCCCGUUCGGGAUAUAGUGCGGCGAAGGUUAAGGAGUGCGCGGAGGAUUCCCGUCCGAGAGUUGGACCAUAUGCGCGACCAUCCAGAAGACAUGGAGUGGUUGGAGAGGAAGGUGAGGCCUAGAUUCUGGACGAAAUUUCUGGAGCAGUUGCAGGACAUUGAGAAGACGAGGGCGUGGGAAGAAGCACAGAGGAUCAUGAGAAGGGAGUAUGAAGAAGAGGAAGCAAAGCAGAAAGAAGUCGAAAGGAUGGCGGACCGUUAG